GGGAAAAAAUGACGGACGAUAGAAUCCAACACGGGGAAGAAGGUACAAGCAAGAGAAAACUGGAUGAAUUUUCUGCUCUUUACAAUUUGGACAAUGGCUCCAGCGCUCGGAAUCUCUCCGACCCUAAUGGUCCGGAAGGGGCCUUUAAGAAAAUAAAACAUGAACCUGGAACAGGAACCAGCAAUUCCGGAAUAGGCAAUCCCGGAGGUUCGAAUCCAGCUACAUGCCCGACUCCCGCAAGACGGCGUCACCGGACCACAUUUACACAGGAACAACUACAGGAAUUAGAAAAUGCGUUCGCAAAAAGUCACUAUCCCGACAUUUACUGCCGCGAGGAGCUAGCAAGGAUUACCAAACUCAAUGAGGCUAGAAUUCAGGUUUGGUUCCAGAACAGGAGAGCAAAAUACAGAAAACAAGAAAAACAGCUGGCCAAGUCCCUGUCCCCCGUGAUGAACCCGGCCUGCGGAGCCAUGAUGAAAAAUAUUUACCCUACCACGUCACGACCUUACGGGGCAUACCCCACCCCUCCAAUGAACACCAUGUCUCGAUACCCCCAGAUGAACACUAGUUACCCUCCCGUGGCUCAGUUCUCAAGCAUGCCCGGAAUGUCUACUGCUAAUAUGGCGACAAUGCCUAGACAAGUCCAACAGUUUCCAAUGACAACAGAUUAUAAUUUGGAUGCCCAUGAAGACGAUUGGUACAACAAGAGCCUAACAGCCUUACGAAUGAAUAACACACAUCACGGUCUAUCUAAUCCAGUGUUACAAUACCAAGCAUGAUAGGAACGCACCUGUUCUACUGACGAUCUCGCUAUAGUGUAACAAUGCUGAAGACAUGAAACACCCAUAACGAUAUUAAUCUGAUAUUUAGUGCUGAAUGAAAAUGAAUGUGUGUUAUAUUUAAUGGAACUGAAUUUUUUAAAAGUUCAGUUCAAAUGACAAAUAGGAAUCAAUUAUAUAUGAUUAUUUUCAGAUUGCUUUCCCCCGUUUGAUUAUGAUAGAUAGAAGACAUAUCAGAGACAUGUUAUAUACGUCUCUGGAAAUAUUCUUGCGCGGGGUGUGAAAUGGCAUGACUCGGUCAUGACGUGGUGCAUGUUGGGAUAUCUGUUGUGUUUUAUGGCUGUAAGACGAUAUUUUUUAGAAAUUUAUUACGCUUUGGGCAUCUUUGUAUCAUAUACAUUGUAAGUAUCAAAAUUUCUGAAAGAAAUGUACAUAUACAUUUUGAAAAUAAACUUAAAAUCAUGUACUGGUUAUUUACACAGAGUUGUGAUAAAAUCUAUUAUGCUAUCAAACAUUCCCUUAAAAAAUAUUUUGGAUAUUUUUACUGAAAUAUUGGACAUACACUCAUGUUUAAUUCAAUUUUAUUUACAAACUAUUAAGAGUACAUGUAUAAUAAAAGCGUAAAACAUA